GGGGCCAAUGAUAGGGCGGCGAGCGGUGGGGUCCGGCCUUGACGUUGUGCAGCUCGCUGUGGAGUUUAUUUGGCUCUGGAGCCCCUCGCCGCCGCCAUUAGGAGCCCGCAGCGCCCGAGGACGCCCCCUUCCUCUGUUCCCCUCCCCCUCGGGGCCCCCUCGCCUCCGCGCCUGCUCUCUGCCCCUGUACCCCGGUCUCCGGCAGUCGGGAGCCGUGCGCGGCCCACGGAGACCAUGUCCUGACUGAGGGGGGAGGGCGGAGGCGGCACGGAGGGAGGCGGAGAGGGGCCCGGCUCGGCUCGUCGCCGGGGGCUGCUCGGGGAGUUGCCGCUGCCGCCGGACGCCGAGCAUCGGACUGGGAGGAGGAGCAGGAGCUGGAGGAGGAGCCGCCGCCGCCGCCAGCCUCCUGCCUGACAUAACUCACUUCAAGAAGUGCACAAUGUCAGAACGUGGAAUUAAGUGGGCAUGUGAAUACUGUACGUAUGAAAACUGGCCGUCUGCAAUCAAGUGUACCAUGUGUCGUGCCCAAAGGCCGAGUGGAACGAUUAUUACAGAAGAUCCAUUUAAAAGCGGGUCUAGUGAUGUCGGUAGAGAUUGGGACCCUUCCAGCACCGAAGGAGGAAGUAGUCCUUUGAUAUGUCCAGACUCUAGUGCAAGACCCCGGGUUAAGUCUUCGUACAGCAUGGAAAAUGCAAAUAAAUGGUCGUGCCACAUGUGCACAUACUUGAACUGGCCAAGAGCAAUCAGAUGUACCCAGUGCUUAUCCCAGCGUAGGACCAGGAGUCCCACUGAAUCUCCCCAGUCCUCCGGGUCUGGCUCAAGACCAGUUGCUUUUUCUGUUGAUCCUUGCGAGGAAUACAAUGAUAGAAAUAAACUGAACACGAGGACCCAGCAUUGGACUUGUUCUGUUUGCACGUAUGAAAACUGGGCCAAGGCUAAAAAAUGUGUUGUUUGCGAUCAUCCCAGACCUAAUAAUAUUGAAGCAAUAGAGUUGGCAGAAACUGAAGAGGCUUCUUCAAUAAUAAAUGAGCAAGACAGAGCUCGAUGGAGGGGAGGCUGCAGCAGUGGUAACAGCCAAAGAAGAUCGCCUCCUGCUACGAAACGAGACUCGGAAAUGAAAAUGGAUUUUCAGAGGAUUGAAUUGGCUGGGGCCGUUGGCAGCAAGGAGGAACUUGAAGUGGACUUUAAAAAAGUAAAGCAGAUUAAAAAUAGGAUGAAAAAGACCGAUUGGCUCUUCCUCAAUGCUUGUGUGGGGGUUGUAGAAGGUGAUUUAGCUGCUAUAGAAGCAUACAAGUCAUCAGGAGGGGACAUUGCACGGCAGCUAACUGCAGACGAAGUGCGCUUGCUGAACCGUCCUUCUGCUUUCGACGUUGGCUACACUCUGGUCCACCUGGCCAUACGGUUUCAGAGGCAGGACAUGCUCGCCAUACUGCUUACGGAGGUGUCUCAGCAGGCAGCAAAGUGUAUUCCAGCCAUGGUGUGUCCUGAACUGACAGAGCAGAUCCGCCGCGAGGUGGCGGCCUCUCUCCAUCAGAGAAAGGGGGACUUCGCCUGCUACUUCCUAACUGACUUGGUGACAUUCACAUUGCCAGCAGAUAUUGAAGACUUGCCUCCAACAGUCCAAGAAAAACUAUUUGAUGAGGUGCUUGAUAGAGAUGUUCAAAAAGAGUUAGAAGAGGAAUCUCCAAUUAUAAAUUGGUCCUUGGAAUUGGCUACACGCUUGGACAGUCGGUUGUAUGCACUUUGGAACCGGACUGCGGGAGACUGCCUCCUUGAUUCAGUACUGCAAGCUACCUGGGGCAUCUAUGACAAGGACUCAGUGCUUCGGAAGGCCCUGCAUGACAGCCUGCACGACUGUUCACACUGGUUUUAUACACGUUGGAAAGAUUGGGAAUCAUGGUAUUCUCAGAGCUUUGGUUUACAUUUUUCCUUGAGAGAAGAACAGUGGCAAGAAGACUGGGCAUUUAUACUCUCUCUUGCUAGUCAGCCUGGAGCAAGUUUGGAACAGACACACAUUUUUGUACUUGCACAUAUUCUUAGACGACCAAUUAUAGUUUAUGGAGUAAAAUAUUAUAAAAGUUUUCGGGGAGAAACUUUAGGAUACACUCGGUUUCAAGGUGUGUAUUUGCCUUUGUUGUGGGAACAGAGCUUUUGUUGGAAAAGUCCGAUCGCUCUGGGCUAUACGAGGGGCCACUUCUCCGCUUUGGUUGCCAUGGAAAACGAUGGCUAUGGCACCCGAGGUGCUGGUGCUAACCUGAACACUGAUGACGAUGUCACCAUCACUUUCCUGCCUCUGGUGGACAGUGAGAGGAAGCUGCUGCAUGUGCACUUCCUGUCUGCUCAGGAGCUAGGUAAUGAGGAACAGCAAGAAAAACUGCUCAGGGAGUGGCUGGACUGCUGUGUGACCGAGGGCGGCGUCCUCGUUGCCAUGCAGAAAAGCUCUCGGCGGCGAAAUCACCCUCUGGUCACACAGAUGGUCGAAAAAUGGCUUGACCGCUACCGACAGAUCCGGCCUUGUACAUCCCUGUCUGACGGAGAGGAAGAUGAAGAUGAUGAAGAUGAAUGAAAAGAAAUCAAAGAGCAGAAGACCAAGGUAGCAGCUCUGUGGCGAACCCCAAAUUAGUGUGGGUUCCACGCACUGUGCAUGGCAUGGAACGCACAAAGCUGGGAGGACCUGCUCAGAAGGGUUUCUCUGAUCCACACCCAAUGGAGAUGACGCAUCUGCCGCGUGAGGACGCAGAGAACGUUGUUUGGACUACAGUUUGUAAAAAAACAAAAAAAACUUAAUUUUAUUAAGACAGAACUUUUUUUCCUCUCAAAUCGUAAAUCUGUCUAUAAAUGUAACGCAUGUGGUUGUGUAAGAAGUUGUGUAAUAGGAAAAGCUCUACCAGCAUCUUCAUGUUUUUGAGGCGUUUUUCCAGCAUGGGCACCUCCAAAAGCACAUGGCAGAUGCCUCUUUGUUCCUUUGAGAUAGUCAUUCUUUUUUUUUUUUUUUUUUUAAAGUAGAACCUGGCAUUCUACUUCCAUCUUAAAAGAAGGUCUCAUUAGAGCUCCUUAGAGAUUGGGAAACUUUUUAUACAAAUUGUCCACAGCAAAACAAAAACAAAAAAUAAGCUUUUAUUUUAUUAUUUAGUUCUUGUUGUGCCCAAUAAAAACAAAUCUUUAAGGAACAAACUGCAGGCAAGUUAGAAUUUUUUAUUGAGUGAACUUCAUAUAAGACAUCCCCUUGUUUUGGUUUCUAUGAUUUCACCUUUUUCAAGUUUCUGAUCUGCCCCCUUCAGUAUUUAGGUGUUUGUUUGGAAGAGUGCCCUUAGAACAAGGGUUCUUGCCCGACCGGGCAGCAGUUUCUUGGUGAGCAGCUCUUCCCUGGGUUUAAAUGUGGGAAGUGCUUGGGCAGCAGGCCCGGUUCCUGACGGAAUGAAUGGUGGCAUCUGCUCACAUGACCCGAUUGACAAUGUCGUACUCCCAAAUUGCCACGCAGAGGGUCUUGGGAUUCUCACUGUCUUUUACCAUCAACUCUGCUUUAAGCAAAUCGUACUACAGAGGCAUGCCUUUGCUUGGGCUAUUUGGGAAUAUCUGUUCAGUACAGAAUAAAGAUUUUAAAAUGCAGUAAGGUGGUAAAUGCAUUGUAUUCAUGAAUUUCUCAGUGGGUAGUCUGAGAAUUUUUGCAUGUUGGUUAAUUGUGGCCAUUCUUAUUUCAAGUUAAAACUAUAAUCUUAGGUAGAAAAACUUUUUAUAAGAAGUAUUAUUUGACCACUUCAGGUAUACAUUCAAUAUGGGUAAAAAUUUCAGACCUAUCUCAGGAACACACAGACUUAGUGUCCUGAUAAGCACUUUGUAGACUAUGGAUGUGGCGAGGAAUUUGGGAAGACACACACACACACACACACUCACUCACUCACUCACUCUUCCUUUUCCUUUGAUGAAAAGGCUGUGAAAACCUUUCAAUAUUUGCUUCUUGUUUUCUUCCGAGUUCUGUUUAGAUGAUAUUGAAAUGUGCAUAACCUUAAAAUUGAUGCUGGUAUACUAAAAAUAGAAAAAUACCCAGAUGUCAUGUCUUUAGUUCUUUCUCCCCUCUCUAAACACUCAUUGAAAGGUGUUCCCAGGAUAAAAGGAUAACUUGCUGCAUGCUAGAACUUGCAGGAAAAAUGUUUGCAAUUUGAUUCCAUAUAAAUGAAUUUUGAUACAUUAUAAUGGUAAAUGUUACUGUUCCCAGUGGUUAAUAUUUUCUUACAAAUUGAUGUUGUGGUUUGCUUUCAUUUUGGUCAGUAAUGAAUCAUUUUUCAACAGGC